AUGGCGAAAAUAUCAGAGCAACAAGCUCAAAAAAACAAUGUAAGCAAUAACAAUAAUCUUAAUGCAACUAACACUGUCACCACCAAGGUGAAACGAACAAGGAAAAGUGUUCCUAGAGACUCCCCACCUCAACGCAGUUCAAUAUACAGAGGAGUCACGAGGCACAGGUGGACAGGUCGAUAUGAAGCUCAUUUGUGGGACAAGAAUUGCUGGAAUGAAUCACAGAACAAAAAAGGAAGACAAGUUUACCUUGGUGCUUAUGACAAUGAAGAGGCCGCAGCACAUACUUAUGAUCUAGCAGCACUGAAAUACUGGGGCCAAGAUACCAUUCUUAAUUUUCCGUUAUCAAACUACCAGAACGAACUGAAAGAAAUGGAUGGUCAUUCAAGGGAAGAGUAUAUUGGAUCGUUAAGAAGGAAAAGCAGUGGUUUUUCUCGGGGAGUUUCUAAAUACAGAGGUGUCGCAAGACAUCAUCAUAAUGGAAGGUGGGAGGCUCGGAUUGGCAAAGUUUUUGGAAAUAAAUAUCUUUAUCUCGGAACUUAUGCUACCCAAGAAGAAGCUGCCACGGCCUAUGACAUGGCAGCUAUUGAAUAUCGUGGACUUAAUGCUGUAACCAAUUUCGAUCUCAGCCGUUAUAUUAAGUGGCUUAAGCCUAACAACAACAACAAUAGCAACAUUAACAGUAACAAUCUUUUUGACGUUAACCCUAAUUGUAAUACCAACUUGACCCCAAACCCUAAUCAAGAACAGGAAUUUAGCUUCUUGCACAAUCAGGAACCACUCAAUAAUAAUAAUGGAGAAGAAGCCAUGUUGGUUCAGCCUCGGCCAGCUGGUGCCACAUCAGCCCUAGAACUUCUGCUUCAGUCAUCUAAGUUCAAGGAAAUGAUGGAGAUGACAUCUGUUGCCAAUAUGUCAACACCUCUGGAGUCUGAGUUGCUACAAUGCACAUUUCCUGAUGAAAUUCAGACGUACUUUGAGUGUGAAUAUUCCAAUAAAUUUGACGAGGGGGAUGAUGUCAUGUUCAACGAGCUCAAUUCCUUUGUGCCUAUGUUCCAUUGUGAUGAGAGUUGA